CUGUCGGUUGGUCUUUGGCGGCUGUGCCGGGGGGGAACCCAGCCAGGCAGUCGGUGACGGGGGAGGCGGAGAUCGAGCGAUCGCGGAGGCUGCUCAAGCGCCGCCCUUCACCUCCGCGCGCCGCAGCUGGCCGGCCAUGGUGGAGCAAGCCGACGACGCGCCGCUCCUCUUCUGGGCCGAGGGCCCGGCCGUUUCCUUACCGGAGCCCGGGGAGCCCGGCACCGGGGGGGGUUGCCGCUCCUCCACCUCCUCCUCGGCGUGGAGGCGCGGCGGCAAGGGGGAGCCGCUGGUAGCCGAUCCCGGGAGGCGACUCCAGGAUCCCGGGAGGCGAUUCCAGGAGCAGGACCCGGCGCAGGUAGAGGAAGACCAGAUCGUGGCAGUCUUCGUGGUCACUUUUGACUCCCGCACGGGUAAUAUGGUUGAAUGGUGUUUGCCACAAGACAUUGAUCUGGAAGGUGUUGAGUUCAAAUCUAUGGCCAGUGGAUCCCAUAAAAUCCAGUCUGAUUUCAUUUACUUCCGGAAAGGCAUUUGCUUUGGUUUGGCAUGUUUUGCCAAUAUGCCUGUGGACAGCGAAUUGGAACGUGGAGCACGCAUGAAAUCUGUGGGCAUUCUUUCUCCUUCCUACACUCUGUUGUACAGAUACAUGCACUUCUUGGAGAACCAAGUCAGGCACCAGUUGGAAAUGCCAGGACAUUACUCUCACUUGGAAGCCUUUUACGAUGACAAGAAAGGAGUCUUCCCAGCAGGCACUCUUGUUUCACAGCAACCCAUCCACUGGCUCCCUUCCAUCCACAAAUAUAUGUAUCCAGAGAUGAAGAUCACCCAUCCCGCAGGCUGUAUGUCUCAGUUCAUCAAGUUCUUUGGAGAGCAGAUCGUGACACUGUGGAAGUUUGCCUUGCUUCGCAAACGCAUUUUGAUAUUUUCUCCACCUCCCAUCGGUGUGGUCUGCUACAGAGUUUAUUGCUGCUGCUGCCUUGCCAAUGUCUCCUUGCCGGGUAUUGGAGGGACCGUCCCUGAGUCUAAGCCGUUUUUCUAUGUCAAUGUAGCCGACAUUGAAAUGCUAGAGACUGAAGUAUCAUAUGUAGCCUGCACAACAGAGAAAAUCUUCGAAGAGAAGCAGGAUCUCUAUGAUGUCUAUGUAGAUAACCAGAAUGUAAAGACACACCUUGAGCAUCUGCAACCACUCCUGAAGAUUAACAGUGCGGACAAGGAGAAGUAUCAGAGACUUAAUGAUCAGAGACAGAUGCUGAUGUACUCCCAGGAAGUAGAUGGUGACUGUAGUUCUUGUGAAGAGGACCUCUUCAUCUUGUUCUUCAUGGAGCAGAACAAUCGGAUAUUUCAGACAUUGAUGGAGAUAUCAGCCAGCCAGGACAAGACAUUGACAGCUGACCAUGCCCGUGGAAUGGGCUUGGAUCCUCAAGGCGACCGUAGCUUUCUCCUGGACCUCCUGGAAGUUUAUGGCAUUGAUGUCAUGCUGGUCAUUGAUAAUCCUUGUUGUACUUAGAAAUGGUGGCUGCUGGAAGGGUGAGAGAAGCAGAAUUCACAUGUGAGUGGAUGGCAACAACGGUUAAAAGACUACAGGAUGAACUGGUGGAACUUGCCGCAAUUCAUAUCGUGAAGUAUUGCCUUGUAUUUAAGGGGAGCUUGUCUGCAGGAAGUGUUAUUUAUUUUUAUCCUGUUAAGAAAUUGUUUUCAAAUGGAUCUCAAAGAAGAUGCCAUUCUUUCCUACCCACAAUAGAUUGGCUAACCACACUUUCUGUAAGUUCUCUAAAAAGGAAUAUAGUCUGCUUCAUGAUCUUCUACCCCGCCUGCUUCUAAACAACCCAGCACAGAGUUAUUUUGAGAGAAGAAAUUGUAUCUAUUGGCUGGGAAUUUGGAUGGGUGGAUGUGAAAAGCACUUUAUUCUCUGGGGACCAAUGUGAAUUUUUCACGCUGCUAGAGCCUUCCUGACAUGCUGUAGGUGAUAGACCUUCCAAAUCCAAAAACUCUUAAAAACUUUUUUUUUUUGUUUUCUUGUGACAUAAUUCUGCUUCCUUACUUUAUGCAUGUAGAGACAUGUAUCUGCUCUCCAUAUGAUGGUUCAGUUAAAUUAGCAUUUUUUUUUUGCCUUGGCAGAUGGAAGAUAAGUGAUAGGGGGCAGCUUUUUCUCCCAUUACAUCAAAAGUAAUAUAUAUUUUUAAAAACCUCACUUUUUCUUUACAAAACAAUUGGAAGAACCCCUCCCCUUUUUUUUAAAUCCUAGCUUUGUCACUGAUUAUUGAAUAUUUUGAGAAAAAGAUCUUGCCUUAUCUCAGCCAAGGCACAGUAACUUCAUAUCUCCCCCCACCCACCCCCCAAAGCAGUUUAAAGAAUUUUGAGACUGUGGAUUUACCCUGUACUGUUUGUUUCUCAUACUUAUAAUUACAAUGAACCUGCUCUACCAGCUGUAUAAUUGGAUAUGUAUUAUUUUUUUGGCAUAGUGGUGGUUUAGAUACACUGGAAUUUUGUUCUGUUACACUACAGAGUAUUUAGGAUUCUAAUUGGGCCCCAAGCCUAUAUUUGUGAGUAAUAAUAGGGUAAUGCUAAGAUUAGAAAAAAUAGCGAGGAGUGAUGAUUACUCCAGUGCCUUACUCCCUUAAUGAUGGAUACCAUGGAUUAGCCAUCAUCAAGAGUACAUAUAAAAUUUCUGAGAGCCUGAUCUGUUUCUUCAGCUUCUGGCUGAAAAUUAAGCUAAUGGUUCUUGGGCUCUUUGCAGCUUUAAUCAUAGGCUAGAACAGGGGUCUCCAACCUUGGCCACUUUAAGAUUUGUGGACUUCAACUCCCAGAGUUCCUCAGCCAGCUUUGCUGGGAGUUGAAGUCCACAAAUCUUAAAGUUGCCAAGGUUGGAGACCCCUGGGCUAGAAUACUCACCUGGUGGCCUCAGGUUCUCCACCUGUUCUCCCUUGCUUAGUCAUUUCAGCUGUUGUCUAUUAGGAAUGUUAUGGCACUCUUAUUAUUAUUUUCCUUCUACAGCAGAAGCUGUGGUGCUCUCAUCAAGGCCUCCUUCCAAAUCACUGAGGGAAGUGAAGGACAUCAGAGUUGGUGGCUGGUCUAGUUGUUAGCACUGACAUCUUUACUAAAUUCCAGUUAGACUUAAUCAGUUACCUAUUACUGUAGUGUGGCAUCUGAUUUCCCCUCCCCCCCCUUACAUAGACUGAAUUUUAUUGCUCUUUUAAAUAGAUUUGAUUGUAGAGUCCCGUUUUGCUUUGGAAGGAGAGUUGGAUUGACUAGAUCAGGGGUGUGAAACUCAAUUUCAUUAAGGGCCAUAUCAGGAUUAUGUUUGACCUUGGGGGAGGAGGGUGUUUGUUAACCUAAAUUGGUUAGAGGGGGUGUGUGGCCGGGGGCGUGGCCAGGGUGGGCAUGGCCAGCUCGACAUCACUCAUCAAGGAUCCAUUUUCACUGGCAGAGAGCUGCAGGAGGCCGUUGCAGCCAAAAUGGAGCCCGGGCGGGCUGUGUGUGGCCCUCUCGAGCUCCGUUUUCGCUGGCAGAGCCACCAUGGGCCAGUCCUUCACUGUUUCCAGGGUGGCUCCAUGGGCCAGAUCUAAGCACCCCACGGGCUGGAUCCGACCCCUGGGCCUUGAGUUUAACACCCCUGGAUUAGAUAUAUGUUUCAGUUUCCUGUUGUCUUUGGCUACUUCAUAAUUUAUGCAAGCUGUUCUAUUUAACAAAUUGCUUUCUUGCUUGUUUUUUAAAAAACAACAACGAAUAGUCAUCUUUUGAUAUUUUGCUGCAUAGCUCUAACCUAUUUUAGAGAGUGAUAGUUGGAACUAAAAAAGCAAGAAUAUUAAGAAUAGGUUGGAUGGGUGGAUUCAACUAAAGAAUCCACAGGGCAUCAUCACCUUGGUCCAAUAUGGAAGGAAAAUCUUCAUCCGAUAUCUUAACCCUUUUUCCUACCUCAUAUUUGUCUUGUCUAUAGGGGGUGGGUCUUCCUCUAUAUGGAUUUAAAUAAUUUAUUUUAUAGAAUGAAAGGAAAGAAUUGGAAGGCACUAAGCUGUUUAAUUAAGCAAAUGAUUCUGGGUAAUUAGAUGUUAAAUUGAUCCUCUUGGUAUCCUUUGUUGUUGUAUAUGGGGUUUGUACAUGAACAAGCUUUUGAACUGGUAUUUUUGCUUCUUGUUUUGCUAAGCUGCCACAGAGUAUAUGCCACAUGAAUGCUUGGCGAUAGGGAGGUUCAGAAUGAGAAUCCUGUAAAUCAGGAUUUUCAGAAAUGGGUCUGUUGGCCUGAAGAAUUUCUACACAUGUAUAAAAUGCCAGGAUUGAGAAAUAUCGCUGUCGAUUACCCAUGGUAAAGAGAACAGAAGCCGUGAAACUGUGCCGAAGCAGUGCUUCUUUAUUACACCCUAAGACAGUGUGUAGGGGCGCGGUGGCUCAGUGGCUAAGACGCUGAGCUUGUCGAUCGAAAGGUCGGCAGUUCAGCGGUUCAAAUCCCUGGUGCCGCAUAACGGGGUGAGCUCCCGUUACUUGUCCCAGCUUCUGCCAAUCUAGCAGUUCGAAAGCACGUAAAAAAUGCAAGUAGAAAAAUAGGGACCACCUUUGGUGGGAAGGUAACAGCGCUCUGUGCGCCUUUGGCAUUUAGUCAUGCCGGCCACAUGACCACGGAGACAUCUUCGGACAGCGCUGGCUCUUCGGCUUUGAAACUGAGAUGAGCACCACCCCCUAGAGUCGGGAACAACUAGCACAUAUGUGCAAGGGGAACCUUUACCUUUUACCUUUAAGACAAGUGUGUUGUCCAUCAACACAUGCAAUGAAUAGAUAUGGAACACAUCAGAGCAAUUGAAACUGGCUCUCUAGCUCUGUUGAUAUUAGCCUGAUGGAUAGAAAUUCAGAGGAAAACUUGAUGGGCAUGCUAUAGGAAAAGCUUCACUAUUUAAACAUUGAAUGAAAUGGGUUAUGCUAGUAAAGAUAGAGCAGCUGGGCUUAGCAAAAAAAAAAAAAUGUUGGCAAGAUGUAGGAACAGAAUUGGGUGUGAUUGUCAUAACCAUCUGUCAUAUGCUACAUCUUACUUACUGGGCACCUUUAUAAUCUAUUUGUCCAGCUGUUAAAUGGGACACAGAAGAACAUUCUCAUCCUACAGGGUAUGUUUUAUUUCCUUGCUUUGAAAGCACAAGCAGGUUCCUGUUCCAAGGGAUAUAAAUAUUUGAUCAUUUUCCCUGCUUAAAGAGACAGCAUUUCAUUUUUCUACUAUUUCUUCCCUAUGAAGGCGCAAAGGAAGAAAAGCAGAAAAACCUUUGAACUUGUGGCAAAAGAGUGGGGCUCAUUAAAAUAAAUAGAGGAAA